GGUACGGGGUUUGGUGAAGAGACCAGCCUUGAGGUCUCCCUGACACUUGGACGAAUGAAACUUGAGGGAUGACGUCAUCUGCAGGCUCCGCCCCUGACCUUUGGAAAGCUUGUGUGGACUCGGACGAGCGCACUCGCCUUCACCUCCAACCAGCGGCACGACAUCACAACAUGUUUGGUGCCAGCGUGGUCUUCUUCCUGCUCCUCACAGGAGCCGGCGCGUUCAUGCUGCACAACGCCCACAUCAGCCUGUGUCUGGAGGACUCCUGGCCGGCGGGCGGCGCCGUGCUGAGGAAGUGCCGCCUGGACUCGGAGGCCCAGCAGUGGCGGUGGAAGAACGGCGGCCUGCUGGCGUGCGCCGCCACGUCCAGGUGUUUGUCGUCACGGCAGCCGGACCUCACCCGGCCGUGUCCCGCGUCGGAGGACGAUGAGGACGAGGAUCUGGCGUGGGUGUGCGACAGGAACAUGCUGCUCAGCCGCGGCACGUCGCUGCUGCUCUCUGCAGACCGGGGGCGCCUCGUCCUGAGCCCGGAUCACAAAGGCUCCGUCUGGACGUCGCUGGACGCAGGCGACGUCUGCCAGGAGACACUCAGGCCCAGGAGGUCGUCACAUGACACAGACGAGUCCACGGCGGAAGGACAGGACAAGCAUGUGACGCUGACAGACGAACAAAAAGAAUACCUCCGCUGGUUCUAUCGCACUGAAGACCAAACGAUGUGGAAGUUUGUGCUGCUGGGUUUGGCCUUCGUCUGCCUCCUCGUUGGCUUCCUCUUGUUGGGAAUGGGCGCCAUGGCCAGCAGGAACCGGAGGAAGAUCGGCAAGUACAAGGCGGCCGCCGCCCUGGCGAACAAAAGCGAGGAGACGUGGGUCGUCACGCACGUCGACUGCGACGACAUCGCCAGCACGCCGUCGCCGCAGAGGUCGAACGUCCCCCCGUGCAACGGCGACGCCAGCGAGCUCAAAGCGGGAAGCAUCGUGGUCACGUGGAAAGACGGGAACACUUCCUGUUUGUACGCCGAUGCUCCAAUGGGGGAGGAGCUGCCAGAACCUGAGAAGGAAGAGGAGGAGGAGGAGGAGGAGGAGGAGGUGAAGGAAAGAGGAGACCAAUGAAGAAGAUUGACAACAUCUGCUCUUUAGUUACCCGACAUGAUGAUAACAAUGAUGUAGAGAUAGAAAAGAUGGGUGUGUUUGUUUUGUGUGCAGAUGUUUGUGUAAUGCCACGUGAUCUUUGUUACUGUGCUUUUCUCUGACUGGAAAUACAAUAAAACGUCAAAAUGUGUGUGUUAAA